AUGCUGGAUCCAUUCAUGUUAGCAUGCAUCCUUGCCGCUGUUGCUGCUAUCAUUGCUAUCAUAUUUUAUUUAUUCAGUGGAAGCGAUGAAGAAAGAGAUUUUGAAAAGGCAUUCGGUGAAAAUGCUCGCAAACUACUAAGUCAGGACCGUGAGAAGCACAGAUCCAAAGUGAAGAUUGCAAAGAAGAAGGAUGUGAAGGAAAAGAAAGCGGAGCCCAAGCUGGAUGGCGAUUUGGAAGUAGAAUCAGUCGCACCGAGCGAAACGGUUCCGGACUCAGCCGACCAUGCGGCUCCAUCUGUUUCCACGUCAUCAGUUAAAACUGCCUCCCCCAUAGAGCCCAAGGUGAAGAAACAUUCCAAGAAAGAAAAAGAGAAGAGUCUUGCUGGUAACGCAAGUGCUUCUGAGCCUGAAGAAAGCAAACCAGAACUUGCGUCCUUAAGUAGUGAAGAAACUGUGGUCGUAAGUGAAAACCUUCUUGAAGAAAAUAAGGAAAAUCGAAACGAUCAGUCAACCACCUCUGAAGGAAAAAAGAAAAGAAGAAGCAAGAUAAAGAAGGAAGAAGAUGUGGUUACUAAUAGAACUGCGCCAGAGGAAACUCAAGAAACUGUUGUUGUAGAAGCCGUCGCUACCGUUCCAGCAAAAGAAAAGGAGAAAAAAUCCAAGAAGAAAAUCACUGUGGUGAACAUCAACGAUUUGGAUUCGAACAAAGUACUCACACGCAUUGCUUCGCUAGAAGAGAUAGAACCCGAAUAUAUCAGCUAUCUCGCCACCUACUUCCAUGACACGAAUGCGAAAGUAAACAACCUGGAACGUGCCAUUGAGGAAUUUGAAAGGAAAGAGACUGACUACAAGAAGAAAAUUGAACAACAUCAACAAUCCCGAGCGAUUGCUGACAGGCAAAUAGCAGAUCAUAAUCGUGUUAUAUCGGAAUUAACCGCAAAGCUUCAAACAUUAUCGGUAUCGGAAGCAUCGGCAAAGCAACAGAUUAUCCAGUUAAACAACGUGCGUAUUGAGAACGACACGUUGAAAUCUGCUCUGUCGAAGUCAGCUGUGGAAGCAGCAGCCGCCGCCAAAACUAUAGCCAGCCUGGAAUCAGUAAAAGCUAAUCAUGCGGAGUUAACCGAACGUCUAGCCAAGAUGACCAAGGCUCUCAAUGAAAGUGCCGAUGAAAAUGCUUCACUGAAACGACAAAUUGCUGGGAUCUCAGAGCAGAUCACAGCUCUAGAACAUCUCGAGAAAGAGUUUGCCGCUUUGGACACGGCUACUCAUCAAUUGAAGGCUGAAUUGGAGGAGAAGAAUCGCAUUAUUGAAGAGACAAGCCGUAUGGCGCCAGCAGUGGACUCGGUAAAAAGGGCGGAAUGCGAACGUGACGAAAUUGCUCACCAAUUCGCACAGGCUCGCACUGAAUGGGAGAAGAAGGAAGCAGCUCUAAUGGAUGAAUACACUUCCCUAAAGAAUCUCGUUGAUGAGCUCAACAAAGAGGUUGCCAAGUUUGAGCAGUUUAAGAAAGAACAGGAUGAACUAGAACAGAAAUUACUGGCUAAAGAAGCGGAGUUGGCAGAGAAAAGUGCUCGUUUAGCAGCCGCUGAAAACGAAAAGCAAGUGCUGGUCGGUAAAGGAAAUGAUCGAAGUGUGGAAUUAGAGGCCGAAAAUGUAGCACUUCGAAAGAAGGUUGCCGAGCUGGAGAAAAAGUUGUCCGAUGUAGAGAAAUCUCAUGCUAUAACGCUAGCCGAAGCCACCGCCAAGCAAGCGUCAACAGAUGAUGAGAUUAUGGUUCUAAAGAGAACGCAACCAGUUGAUGCCUGCAAACCCAGCGCUUCCGUUAGCGAAGAAGAGGUGAUCAGCCUUCGUUCUGAGAAUGAUAGACUACAACAGAAAAAUGAGGAAUUACGCAAGCGUAAUUUCAAAAUUUUGGACGAUGUGGCAAGUCUGGAGAAGCAGCUCGCAGCUACAGUUUCCUCCACAUCACAUGAAUCGUCGAAAUCGAAGAAGGGAGAUGGUGAUUCGGAUAUGAAACAGUUGCUAGAAGAAAGAGAGCUUGUAGCAUCGGCUAUCGGAAGCCUCGUCAAUUCUCCACUGAAUGAUUCGAGUUAUGAGAAGUAUGUCAACGAUCUUGCAAAAUCUCUAAAAUCUGCUCUUCACGAAUCAGGCAAGAAAGAUAGGAAAGAUCGAUCGAAGGACCAUUCAAAAGAUCAUAGAGAGGGCCCUGUUGCGAAGAUGCAAGCUGAAAUUGACAACUACAGAAAUGCAUUCAAUUGUUUGUCAGCCCUCUUGACCCAAAUUGAAAUGGGUGUGGAAGAACGUGAAUCUUUUUACAAGGACAAGGUUGCUGCUUUGGAGAGCGCACUUGAGAAAGCUAGUGCUGUCGCAACUUCAGCUGAUCGUCUCAAAAAAGAGCUCAGGGAGUGUGAGCUUCUGAAAAAGCAGAUCGAGGCGUUGCGAACAUGUCUCGGUCAAAAUACGAAUGACGAUAAGACAUCAACUUCAGCAAGAUCCUGCACAGUGAAGAGUGACGAGUCGGAUUGGGAGGUCGUCAGUCGUUAG